AUGGACCACGAAACGUCUGCUGUCAGUGCAGUCAACUCAUUAUCGACCGAAGUUGGGCCUAAUUCGCAACACUCUCCAUACUCGCACGGCCUUGUUCAUCCACAGCAACAACCGCCUAUGGGCAUUGAUCCAAAUGUGUAUCGACAGCCAACAUUGACUCAUUCUGCUUAUGGACACCAUGGCGGCGGUGCACCGAUGCAACAUUAUAUGUAUCAGCCUUACCAACAGUCUAAUUCUGUAAGCCAUUACCCACACACUCUAUUCCAGAUCCAGCAGCAGCAGCAGCAACAGUUGCAGCAACAACUUCAUCUUCAGCAUCAGCAGCAUUUGCUUCAACAUCCACAGAUGCAUUCAUUUCAGCAACAGCAGCAUAACUCGACUGUAAAUAGUCCCAAUAUUGCAUCUAUAGAAGAUUAUGGUGGUACUAGUCUAACUGUCGACCAGAGUUCAUCCAACAGUACAUCUUCAGACAACCAUACAGGAAAUAAUAGUAAUUUGCACAAGUCUUUGUCCAUCUCAGCUAUAGGAAACCCAUCUGGUAGUUCUGUAACUCAGUCUGUUUCUACUGCUAUUGGUGGUAUGGCUGGUAUUCAAUUUUCAACAGGAAAUAAUGCUAAUUCAAAAACUGCUUCAACAGCAACUACUGCUGCUAUCGGAACUGCACUAUCAACAAGUAAAGCCACUACCACCGCUAAAAGUCGUGCUCCCAAUGCGCGGAGUCGAAAAUCUGAAGCUGCAGCUCUUUUGCGUGCAGCAUCAACAUCACAAUCGCUGAUAUACAGCGCAGUAUACUCUGGCGUUAGAGUGUAUGAAAUGAUGUGUCGCGAUGUGGCUGUUAUGCGUAGAUGUCAUGACUCGUACUUGAAUGCCACUCAGCUUCUCAAAGUUGCUGGUGUUGAUAAGGGUAGACGUACCAAGAUUCUUGAAAAGCAGAUUAUAAAAGGUGACCAUGAAAAGGUUCAAGGCGGCUAUGGCAAAUAUCAAGGCACCUGGAUCCCAUUUACUUGUGGUGUUCAAUUGGCUCAACAAUACGAGCUAGAAGAAUUGCUAAAGCCGUUGCUUACCUUUGCUCCUGAUGAAUCUCCCUCACCUUCUGCCGAGCUACCUGCUUCUGCCUAUAUUAAAGAUACCAAGGAAGCUUCCAGUCGCCGUGCCUCGGGAGGAGGUACUCGUAAGAAAAAAGAUGCCGCUUCUGCUAAUCCAAAUGGCAAUAACCCCGAUUCCAAUCCCCCUAAACGCCGUCGUUGCGUGCCUGCUACUACAACGGCAAUAAGCACUUUUCCCGCCUCUUUUGACUCAUCUGCCGCUCCUUCAGAACUGUCCCAAAUAGAGUCGAUUCGUAACACCGCCAUGCAGCAUUACGUACAUUCUACCAAUCCUGCAGCUGGUGCAUUUAGUGAACUCUUGAAUUCUCCUAGCACUACGCGACCAUCCUCUUCGCCAACACAAAACUUUGGAAUGUAUGGUGCUGCGCCUGCUGCAGAGUUGAGCAACAUGUCGUUUGAUGGUCAAAUUAACAUGACUUCACAACCGCUACUUCAACAACCCUCGAUCGAUAGCAUGACUGCCAGGCUACAAACUACCUCUGCCAUGACUCCCGCACAAUCUGCUGCUGAAGAAACUAUGCGCCAUCGAUCGUCAUUGUUGGCCUUAUUUAUGACCGACAGUCGUCCGACUGCAUAUCCCGUUAUUCUUUAUCCUGGCAUUCCAUUGCCGCCCAAUUUUGAUAUUGAUAUGGCACUUGACGAUAUGGGUCACUCAGCUAUGCACUUUGCAGCAGUACUAGCUCAAAUUGAGGUGUUGCAGUUGAUUGUGAACAAGGGUGCUUCCACUACUCUUCGCAACAAAUUUGGUGAAACUGCUUUAAUGCGUGCUGUUCGUAAACUGAAUAAUUUUGAUAUGCAAACAUUUCCACACCUCAUGAGUAUGCUCCAAGAUACGAUUCCUUUGCUAGAUAGUAACAAUGCAACGAUUCUUCAUCACAUUGCUCUUGCCUCUUCGGUAAAAGGUCACACUCAAGCUUGCAACUACUAUCUGGAGUGUCUGAUUGAUUUUAUUGCUCGUGAUGCCAACAAAAGUACUAGUGUUGCAGAUGAAAAAACAGGUUUGGCUCUUUCUAGUAAGGCGGAUAUUUCAUUAGGGCGUAUGUUGAAUCAGGCAGACAAUCAAGGAAAUACAGCCGUUAAUGUUGCGGCUCGUGUGGGUUGUCGAAGCAUUGUUCAGCUUUUGCUCAACGCAGGUGCCAACUUCAACAUUGCCAACAAUGCAGGUCUUCGUCCGGCUGAUUUUGGAUUUAACAUCAACCCAGUUACUAAAAUGGUGGAGCUUGCCACUCAACAAUCUAUGCCUGCCCAGGUUUUAGAUCAUGCAAUGCCAACAAAUGCUACAUCAAUGGAGACCAAGGCUGAUAGAACACUGGUAGUUUAUCCUAGCGUGAGGACAGAGGAAGAAAUUCAAUCUACGUGUCAGAUAACAGAUUCUGCUGCCAUUGGCUCAUUGGCUUUUCCCUCUGUUCCAAUAGAUGCUUCAGCCCAGUUGCGUGACUUGGCACAUAAACUUGCUGAAUCUCGUCGCAAUAAUGAGAGUUUGCAGGCGCGAUUGGGAGAGAUUCCAGAGCUCAAGCUACGAAUCCGCAAUCUUGAAGAUGCACUUGUCGAGGAGAUGAAGUGUAAACCAUUCGGUCACAAUACCUCACCAAUCGAUCGAUCGCGCGAUGCCAUACAAGGCAGCUCUUCUCAAACACCGGUACAUUUUAAUGCUCUUGUAGAUGACGAAAAACUUUCGCCUGAAACGCUGAGGCAUGAAGUUCAACGUCUUCGGUCGAUAGUCAAGGAUAUGGAUGAUUCCAAUAGGGGUUUACUAAAGGAUCUGGUAUCGUUGCGCGGUAGUGCAGGUCAGCAUGAGCUGAAAUGCCGACGCAUUAUUGCUGCAUGCUGCAACGUUGCACUAGAGGAUGUUGGGUACCUUCUUGAUCCACUACUGAUUGCCGUUGAAGCAGACGAUGGUGAUCUAGACAUGAACAUGGUUGCCAACUUUAUGUCUCGUGUCAUACAGCCCGAGCAAUUCAAAGACUCGUAGCCGGUGGUUACUAAGCCGAGAUCUUUUUUUUAUCUUUUAAUAUUCUUGCACUUGCCUUUGGGUUUUAUGAUACUAAUCUCCUCCGCACAACAGAAAUAAAGUUGAUUUUUUAAACAUCAU